UUUAAGAUGGCGGUAUUUUUCAGUGUUCGUACGUGAAAGCGGUCUCGUGUUUCGGUAAUUUUCGCGGUAUCGGUGAAAUUUUCUUAAAUAUCGAGGCAUGGAGACUAGUGCGAGUACCGGUACUCGUACAUCGCGGUUUAUGAUGGAGGGUGUCGGCGCUCGAGUUAUUCGUGGACCCGAAUGGAAAUGGGGUAAACAGGAUGGAGGAGAAGGGCAUGUAGGAACAGUAAGAAAUUUUGAAUCACCAGAAGAAGUUGUUGUGGUAUGGGAUAAUGGUACUGCAGCAAAUUAUCGUUGUUCUGGUGCAUUUGAUUUACGUAUAUUGGACUCAGCACCAACAGGUGUCAAGCACGAAGGAACUAUGUGUGACACAUGUAGACAGCAACCAAUCUUUGGUAUUCGAUGGAAAUGUGCAGAAUGUGGAAAUUAUGACCUGUGCUCUAUUUGUUAUCACGGAGAUAAACAUCAUUUAAGGCAUAAAUUUUAUCGCAUUGCUACUCCUGGAAGUGAACGUGUUUUAUUAGAACCAAGACGUAAAACUAAAAAAAUAGCCAUUAGAGGUAUAUUUCCUGGUGCAAGAGUUGUUAGGGGUGUUGAUUGGCAAUGGGAAGAUCAAGAUGGUGGAAAUGGACGCAGAGGAAAAGUUAAUGAAGUACAGGAUUGGUCAUCAGCUAGUCCUCGUUCAGCGGCUUACGUUAUUUGGGAUAAUGGCGCAAAAAAUUUGUAUCGCGUUGGAUUUGAAGGAAUGGCCGAUUUAAAGGUUGUCAGCGAUGCAAAAGGACAAACAGUUUAUAGGGAUCAUUUACCAUUGUUAGGUGAACAAGGUCCAGGUAGGACUGGACCACAUGGUUUACAGAUUGGAGAUCAGGUUAAUGUCGACUUGGAAUUAGAAAUAGUACAAUCAUUGCAACACGGUCAUGGUGGUUGGACCGAUGGAAUGUUCGAAUGUCUUGGUACUACCGGUACCGUUGUUGGUAUUGACGAAGAUCACGAUAUUGUCGUUUCAUAUCCGAGUGGCAACAGGUGGACUUUCAAUCCAGCUGUAAUUACAAAAGUUCAAAUACCUGUUCCUGUUACAAGUUCCAGUUCGGACAAUCAAACCUUUGCUGUUGGUGAUUUGGUACAAAUUUGUAACGAUUUGGAAAAGAUUAAAUUGUUACAACGUGGACAUGGAGAAUGGGCAGACGCUAUGGCACCAACUUUGGGAAAAAUAGGAAGAGUACAACAGAUAUAUCACGAUGGAGAUUUGAAGGUCGAAGUGUGUAGUACAUCGUGGACGUAUAAUCCACAAGCGGUAACAAAAGUUGCUAGUAGCGAUGGUAGCGUUCCAGGAAACAGUAGCGGAGAACGUUUUUUAACAGAACUAUUGAAGAAACUAUUUGAAACUCAUGUUUCGGGUGACGUUAACGAAGAGCUUGUAAAAACUGCGGCGAACGGUGACGCAUGCAAAUGCGAAGAAUGUUUAAAGAGACCCGAGGCCGACGUUAAUGGUGUAUUUUCUGGUCAUACAGCUUUGCAAGCUGCGAGUCAAAAUGGUCAUUUGGAAGUUAUUAAAAUUCUCCUCCGUUACAAAGCCGAUGUUGAAAUCGAGGAUAAGGAUGGUGAUAGAGCGGUCCAUCAUGCUGCAUUCGGUGACGAACCAGGAGUAAUGGCUUUGCUGGCAGGUGCUGGUGCUGAUCUCAAUGCUCGUAACAAAAGGCGUCAGACUGCCCUUCACAUCGCGGUAAACAAAGGCCACGCCGGAGUGGUUAGAACUUUGCUUGAGUUAGGAUGUCAUCCGAGUUUGCAGUUUCUCUUCCUUCCUGGUAUGAAAUUCACGGCGUUCGCGGACGGGUAGAUCCAUCAGGAUCCUCCUAAUCUGCCUAGAGUCAAUCUUCCCGUCAUUUCUUUGCGCUAUCACGCAGCGUUCGUGACGCUACGUUGCUCGAUCGGAUUUUCUUCGUGCAUGGCCCAUGGAUUAUUCUCGACGAACGAUUAUUUUUCCGGUGCAUAAAAGAAGGAUUCGUAACAGUUUAGUGAAGGAGUUUUAAGAAAAAGUAAAAAGAAACAA